AUGUGCCAUGUUACAAAAUAUUCUUACAAGUGUCAUGUUUCAGUUCCGGAGACGAAUUUCCGCCUGAUUCAGAACAAGACUGACGAUGAUACUGUGAACGUCAUAUGUGCUGCGGACGGAGCGUUUCCUGCACCAAACCUCACGCUAGCCACACCUGAGAGGUCGUAUAAAAUCGAAGACGUGUGCUCUAAACAGCAAUUGGCUACAAACUUGGCUAUAACAAGGCAACUGCACCUUAUCGCUAACCAAUCGGCCUACAUCGCUAGACAUGAAGAAUGCUUGCUUGAAAUUACUUACUUUAUUGCGUUGAGGCCCAUCAGCACAACACCUGAAAUGCCGACAGCGACCGUCAUGCAACUCGCCUCAGCUAUUGGCUCUAAAGGAACAAGCACGUGCACAGUUACAGCAUUGGUUUUGCUACCAGCUUUAGCUCAGUCGUUACUGGCAGUCAAGUGA